AUGAGUACCACUACCGCUACAACUACGAAUUCCACCACGCCCACGGCUACAGCCCCUUCUACUGCCACUCCUCCUCCUGCCACCAUGGCAGCAACAGCAACACCACAUACCCUCCAACCGCCCCCUCCCCGUGUCAAACACUCCGGAGUCACCAUCUCCUACGACCGUCUCAACGAGGGGUACUACAAGCAGUGGCCUCCUCGCAAACGGUACACCAUCCCGGAGUUCACUUUGGCGUCGGAUCCACUGGAGGUGGUGGCGGCGUUGAAGGAGGUAGGGGGCGUGUUCGUGCGACAGGCCAUGAGCGUGGAGGACGUGCAGCAGAUCGAGCAGGACCUCCGACCAGCCCUCGAGGCCGACGCGCCGUGGGACGCCGAUGACGGGUUCUUCCCCCCGACCACGCGCCGGGCAUUUGGACUAUGCGGAAAAUCACGCACGGCGGCCGAGAAGCUGGUCGGAUGCCCCCUGUACCAGGCGGUGUGCGGGCACUUCCUGACGACCAAGGCGUACCGGUGGCACGGCGACCGGUCGACGGAGCUGAACGUGUCGCCGCCGCAGCUGAACAACACGAUCGCCUUCUCCGUGCGGCCCGGGGGCACGGACCAGCCGCUCCACCGCGACGACGACAUCCACUUCGCCGUCCGCGACCGCGUCGACGUCUACCCGCAGGACACCAACACGCGCGAGCUGGGCGUCGGGUGGUUCGUCGCCGGGAAACGAUCCACCAAGGAAAACGGCGCGACGAGGUUCAUCCCGGGCAGCCAUCUCGAGGCCACCGAGCAGCCGCCGGACGAAGACUUUGCCGUGUACGCCGAGCUGGAGCCCGGCGACGGGUUCAUGAUGCUCUCGAGCUGUUAUCACGGCGGCAGCGCCAACACGACCCGAGAUCAGGAACGGUUGCUCUUCAGCUGUUUCAUGACACGGGGAUAUUUGAGGUGA